AUGACACCUAAUAGUAGCAAAGAUGAUGGAGAUCAUCCUCAUUCUGAUGAUACAACAUCUCACACGAGCUUAGGAAAGAGGUCUCGUGAUCAAAUGGAACGACCACAAAAGAUACCAGCUUCAAUAAAGUCAUGUAAUGAAUGUAGACAACAAAAACUUGGUUGUAAUGUUGAAAAGGAACCAUUCAAGGCAUGUUGUAGAUGCACUCGUCUUGGUAUUCAAUGCAAAUUAGACUCGGAUUUCAAAAGGGUGGCAAAGAGGCACAAACAUGCCGAGAUGCAAAAAGAAAUAGAGGAAUUGAGGGAAUUGGUCGCAAAACAAUCAGCACAACUUGCUGCAGCAAAUUCCCCUGAAAAUUCAGAAAAGGAAAAUAUUGCCUCGUCUUCUACAGAAUCGAAACCAAAAGAUCAAAAGAUUGAUGACAUUUUAGUUUCUGGUGAACAACUUUCUUUCUUAUUUGAUCAGUUGAGUCUCUUCGUGUAUUUCUCUCGAUAUCAUCAUAUAUGUCCAAUUCUUGAUCCUAAUCAAACAUGCGAUCAAAUGUUCGCUCAAGACCCAGUACUUGGGUGGGGAAUCGUUCUUGUAUCAGCUAGACGUUAUCCACAUGAUCCCACUUUGGUAUUAAACCUAUCAAAGGCAUAUAUGAAAUUUUUAUGGAACUCUAUAUCCGAUAUGCCUCAAAGAGCAUCAUCUAUCAAAGCUCUCGCAUUAUUAUGUACUUGGCCUGUACCUUUGAUUCGAGGUUUCACAAAAAGUAGGAAUGAUAAAGCUUCAGCUACCAUGGGGUUAAGUGAAUUGGAUCCAACAUCCAUGUUAAGUGGAAUCAUGAUGCAAAUUUCUCUUCAAAUGGGGAUGCAUCGUCCUCGUCAUGCACAGGAUUUCCUCAAACAGACGAGAGAUGUAUCCGAAGCUGAACUGAGGGAUAGAAAGUUGACAUGGGCGAUAUGUAAUAUUGUUUCUCAAAGCGUGUCAACCGCAAAUGGUCAACCCACAAUAACCAUUUAUGACUGGGGACUUGGAGAUGGUCUUGAACAAAAUUCCGAAAUACUUCCUCCUGGUAUCAAACAUCGGUUAAAGAUUGAGAAGUUUUGUCAAAAGGUUUCGAAAAAAUUAUAUGGGAACAGUUCCGAGGUGACGGGAGUUUUAUCCGAUAUAGAUGAACAAAUAUCAGUUACUAGUAUGCUUGAACGUCAAUAUCAACAACUAGAAGCCGAGAGCGUUUCGUUCUCGUGUAAUACAUACGCUAUGCAGUUCGAUAGUACACAAGGGAGAUCUCUCUUCAAUGCCGCAAUUCUGGCAGCGAGAUCAACAAGUUUAGCUACAAAUGAUUUUUCAGAUCGCAUUGCUGAGGCUCUAGCCAGAAUGUGGAGAAGUGCAGGGUCAGGAGAUUUGAAUCGACGACGCGAGGAUUUUUCUCCUAUAGAUAUUAAAAUUCAAUCUAGAUUGUCUAUCAGUCAUGUCCAUGAUUGCUUCUUACGCUGGAGAAAGACUAUUAAUCCUCCCGCCACUAUUAAAAGUAUCUCGGAAAACAAUCGCAACCACCACAUGAACAAUUCCGAGACUUCAUACAAUAAUAUUAAUGGAGAUGUAUCUCAACAAGAUCAGGGUGCUACCGCAACAUAUUUCCAGCCGGGCUCAUUAGAAGAAGCGAUGAACUUUCCGCCCAUGAUUGCUGAUUUUGAUUUAUUGAAUUCGUUGGAUUGGAAUUUCGAUGAAAAUUUGCUUGCGGCGUGGACAUGA